AUAAUGGACUUCAUUGCUGGCUGUAUAGGAGGUGCUGCCGGCGUUCUGGUGGGACACCCCUUUGACACAGUAAAGGUGAGAUUGCAGGUGCAGAGUGUGGAUAAGCCUCUCUACAGAGGGACCUUUCACUGUUUCCAGUCCAUCAUUAAGCAGGAAUCAGUAUUUGGUCUCUAUAAAGGUAUUGGCUCUCCAAUGAUGGGUUUGACCUUUAUCAACGCCAUCGUAUUUGGUGUACAGGGCAACACUAUGCGUCUGCUGGGCCAAGACACACCCAUGAACCAGUUUUUGGCUGGUGCAGCGGCAGGUACCAUCCAGUGUGUGAUCUGCUGCCCCAUGGAGCUCGCUAAGACACGCAUGCAGAUGCAGGGCACAGGGGAGAAGAAAUCCUCCACGCGAAAGGUUUAUAAAAAUUCUCUGGACUGUUUGGCUCGUAUAUACCAGCGUGAGGGCAUUCGAGGGGUGAACAGGGGUAUGGUCACGACACUUAUUCGUGAGACCCCUGGAUUCGGAGUGUACUUCCUGGCGUAUGAUGUUUUUACGCGUUCCCUGGGCUGCGAACCAGAGGAUCCCUACAUGAUUCCCAAACUGCUAUUCGCCGGCGGAAUGUCGGGCAUCGCGUCGUGGAUCUCCACAUAUCCCGUGGACGUUAUCAAAUCCCGGCUGCAGGCGGACGGCGUCGGGGGGAAGUUUCAGUACAGCAGUAUCAUGGACUGCACGCGGAAGAGCGUGGAGCGUGAGGGGUGGAGGGUGUUCACGAGAGGCCUGACCUCCACCCUGCUGAGAGCGUUCCCUGUCAACGCCGCCACCUUCGCCACGGUGACGCUCUUCCUCAUGUACGUGCGCAAUGAAGAGCCAAAAGACUGCGAGCCAGCCCCUCAACACCAUACCGCAUUACAGCAGCAAGCUCAGCCUUCCAGUCUGUGAGAGCAGUUUGCUAACGCCCCCUAGAGCAGUGUGUGUUCACUUUGUGACGUUGUGUGUGUAUCUUAGCUCUAGACAGUGGA